AUGAUCCUCAAGCCGACCAAGCCCCCCGACCCGUCAUGUUGGGACUCAUCAACCACGACGCACCCGCACCGCAAUAACAGGGCCAGCACCAGCACAAGCCCAAACCCAAGCACAAGCACAAGCACCAGCACCAGCACAGGCUAUGCGCAGGCUUCCCUCCCUCCCCCCGUCCCUCCCCCAGUGUCCCCAGCAGCCGUAAGAGGCGGCGGCGGAGGCGGCGGCGGCCACGUUGUGAGCAAGCAUCGACCGAAGUACUGGAAGGGGAGAAUGCGACAACACGCAAGGGAAAUCCCCAUUAUGCUUUCUCUAACAAGCCUCGCACAAGACUUGACCCAACUCCUCAAGUACGUACACUUAGACAACACAUCAUCAGACAUACAGUUGUAA